CGGGUGGAACGCCGGCGGGGGCAGAGGAGUCGCUGCCUGAGAUCCUCACAGUCGCGUUCCCGAGGGGUACAUCUUUGGCCAGUGGUGCUGUCGACCCGGGGGCCAUCCUGAGGGGUAUGACCCCUGAGACGGAUAGGGCUGCCCUCGGGGCCUACAAUGAUGCGGCCCUCGAGGACCACAUUCUCCGCUCCUCCCUCUCUGCUUGCUUAGCCCUCGGCGAACAGGCUCGGAGACUUCAAGAAUGGCGCCUCCACAGAGCGGAACAAGACGCCAGAAUGAGGGAGUGCCUCCUCAAGAACCAAGAGGCGGUGAAGCUGGGGGCCCAGCUAGAAGAGGAGCUCCGGCAGAUGAGCUUGAAAUUGGAGGCUGCAGAGAAAGGCAAGGCUGAUGCUGAGGCCGCUGCCAGGAGAGCUGCUAAAGAGGCCGAGGACUCCAAAGCGCUAGCUGUCGCCAAGGCUCAGGAGGAGGCCGUUGAGGCCUUUGU